UAAACUGGAAAGAAGAAGAAGAAUGUUAAACCCGCUUGCCAUAAUCGUCUGACAUAUUAACACUUAUGCGUGGCAUGGCCUAAUUUCCAACCACCCGCAAAACGCGCAAAGAAAACUAAGAAAAUCAAGCAUAUCGGAGCACGUGCGUGUUAAACGAGACCAAUAAAUAGUUUUCUGCUCAUACGGCUUACUGUGGUCGGCUACCUUGCAAAGCACGAGCGGUCUCUCUAAAAUGGAGGAAGUUACGCCUUUGUUAGGACAAGGAAACAAAUGGCGUGAGGGUUAAAAAGCAAAUGCUCACUGUUGUGUCUUCCAUGCGCCCAACACGCACCGCGUCAACUGUACUGUAUGCACGACGCGUUUGGGACAAAGUUAAACUUGCGUUUGCUUGCACAUUGUCCACAUGGAUUUGCGUAAGUGAGAGAUGUACCUGGGAAACAGUGAAUCGGGUUAAGUGGAUGUAUACUGGGGGGUUGGGUGUGCUGUGCCGAUUGGUCGCUCUCACCAGCACACAUACACACACGCAUACAGGCAGUCAGUCAGGGCUUAUUUUAACACAAACAAUGUGGGCAAACAAUCAUGUAUUUCAAUAGAAUUCGUGGCCGCUGAAAAACGUGCUUAAGAUGCAUUGACGUGGUGCUUAGGGGAAAAGUGACAGUCGAUCAGUUUCAUUCUCGUUUAUUUAUUAAUCUCCAUUUUUGAUGUUGGAGAGAGAAAUGAGUGCAAAUGGGCCCACUGGUACAAAUGCUGCUGGGAUUUUGCAGAUCCGCUUUCACAAACUGACAAAAAGUAACGCUACAUGCUCGAAUUUGAAGGGCUUUCCGGUGGUUUUGUCGUGACCGAGUCGUAAAUGGACGGAGCAAUGACAACAUGAAUCAGUCCUACAAAGUGGCUGGCAGGGAUGGCUUGGAGCGUCAUGGCGAUCCACAGGAGACCAAGGCACUUGAUAGCCGCAUCAGCUCCUGUGGAUACCAAAGCACAAAGCAGCAGGGGGACCAGGGGUCUGCCAUGCAUUUCUUAAACUCUGGCUACAAACUCUCCACAUCGCCGUUCGCGUACAAUCCGAGAGAAUCCACCUCCAACUACAGUCCGUUGAGGAGACUUCAGGACCUGACCACUAUGGUGAACCAUGCCGACAUGAGUUUGCAGGACAAGGACUUUCACAGGCGAAAUAAAUUGCUCAUGCACAAUCCCACUGGCGGAGGUGAGUUUGGAAUAGGCCUUUAUCACACGUCCAAUUCGCAAGGAAACACUGACAGGACUGCUAUUCAGGAUCUGGACAAAAAUGGUUUCUCACCAGUAAGCUCUGAUAGCUUGGAACAUUUUCCAUCCAUCCCAAAUGGAAUUUUGCAUUUCGAGUCGACCCUGUUUGAUAGUGGGGACAGCAAGGAUAAUGAGGAGGAGGAGCAUGAUAGGGUUGAUGUGGUGGCACCGUUUAAAGACACGUCAAAUAAAUGCCAGAAACGAAAUCUGGCAAACACAAAGGCUCCUAGCAGCCACAGGCUGGACCUAAGUAAAAACAAACAUGGAAGUUGUAACCUUGUUUCUAAAAAUACAGUGAAGUCUAACCCUCCUGGUAGUCCAUCACAUUUGCCUGUCGAGGUCAUGAUGGAGGAUUUUGACAGUAUGGAUGAUUAUUCAGACAGUGACUGUGAUCUUCCCAGCACUGAGAACAGUGCUUCAAUAUUCAACUCUGGUCUCUCUAAAAGACCAAAUUCACCCAGUGACUCCCAUUCAAAUCCUUCCAACAGCCCAAAGAAGAAGCAGCUCCCAGGUAUAAAGUACUCUGUAGAAGAUGUCGUGUGGGCCAAAUUCAACCGCAGACCCUGGUGGCCCUGUCAUGUAACCGCUGACCCACAGAUUGAAGUCCACACCAAAAUGAAAGACCCCAGUCGUCGGCCAUGCCGUCUCUAUUUUGUCAGGAUGUUCGGGGAGAUCAUAGACCAAGCUUGGGUCCCGGCAAAAGCCACUUUUCCUUUUGAAGGAGGUCAUCAGUUUGAAAAACUGCCUGUACUUAGACGGAGAGGAAGACAGAAGGACAAAGAUUACAAAUACACGGUUCCCAAGCGUCUAAUGCCUUCAUGGAAAGCUAGUGUCUUGGAGGCAGAGGCAGCACUGACCAAUCGGUUAAAUAGCGAACCUCCUUUGACUGUAAUUCGGGAUGUGCACAUGCCUAUUACAGAAGACAAGGCACCAAAAAGUCCUGCUUGCCCGACAUCUACUACACAGUCCACAUCAUCAGGCUCAAUUUUGUCCAAUGGACUAGAUGCAUCCAUUAAAAACAAAGGAAAACCUGGCACUGGAAGCAAAAAGAAGGCAACUAAGAAGAACAGCUCAACUGUAAAAUCUCCUGUGAAACUAACUGAAAACUCUUUAUCUAAACCAUCAUCAAACCCUUCAUCAGACAGCUACAAACCUUCCACAGCCGCUGAAUGGCACAAACCAGACCCCCUAGAUAGUCCAUAUUCAGAUAUUGACUCUGUCCCGAGGAUUCUUUGCCCCAAACGUUCAGUGGAAUUGCCGCAGGAGGCGAUGGCGAAAGAAUUGAGCACUAAACCUAAGAAAGUACAGCCAAGUAAAAAGACGAAAAAAGCCAACGUGGACAAGCCGGUGAAGAAAACAGAGGCUGGUUCAAAAUGCACAACAAACCGUAAGCUAAAGAAGUCAACGCCCAAAGAAAAAACACUUAGGGCUACGAACUCCAGACAGAAGGAAAGCAGUUCCCUGGGGUCCUCAGAUGGGUCUUUUGCCAUGCACUCUCAUUAUUUUCCUGCCAGCAAUGGCUUAAUCUCAAGAGCACUUGCCGCCAGGAGAAAGACCAAGGAGAAAGAUUUAAGUCAGGAGCCAGAAUCUCGUUCACCAUGUGCUGGUGAUGAAAACUUUUUUUACAACAAGUGCUCAUCCCCCACCGACCAUUCUGAGUUGUCAAAACAUCAAUGGCAGGUAAAAACAGAGGCCAGUGAAGAGUCCACGGAUGACUCUAACUCCCACUCACCCCUAAACCCAACUCUUAUUAAGUUUACCAGAAUCCGAAAAGAGAAAAAUGGCAUUCAUAAUGGACCUCGACAUAAAGGUUCCAAGUCAGAUGUGAAUGAAUCCUCCCUCAAUUCCGUUAAAAUCAAAAACGAGAGCAUGAUCUCAGACACUUCGUCUUCAUCCAUCCCGUCUCCCUCGAUCUCUCCUAUGGAUGCUUUCCAGGAUAUGAAGGAGCUUUCUUUCAGGUCUCUUGUCAAAGACGAAUGCAGCUCAGGAGAAACUUCGCUCCUUGCGGAUUCAAACUACAAAUUCAGCACUUUCCUAAUGCUCCUGAAGGAUCUGCACGACAGCCGGGAGAAGGAAGGGAAACCUUUAACCCUCCCUCCCACAUCUCCAUCCUCUCUCAUCAGGGAAGAACCUUCUUCUAUCCCACCUGGAGAAGAAGCAACAAAUGAGGUGCUUUGUGAAAAGGACUGGAAGGCAAUUGCGGAUCAGAACAGUCGGCAGGGGAAGACGUCAACGCCAAAACAGGGCAAGGCCAAGCUGAAAUCAUCAGUGAAAAAGGAGAUGCAAAAACACGAUGGUGGGAACAAUUUAGUUUCUCCACUGAAAAAGCAGAACUCAUCAGUAGGUUUGGAUGCACUUGAAAAGAGUUUGCCUCUGCUAGGGGAACUUUCCAACUCUCACCAUGAUGCUGUUCCUGAUGUCUGUGGUAAGGGCACCAUCUCCAAGGUUGCUCCUAAAAAGCGAUGGCAAACAUUUGAGUCUGGCAUUGGGAAAAGCACCAAGCCAAAGAGCGAUCCGGUUGGUUUGAAUCAAGAUGUAGUGAAGGAGUCCACAGAUCUAAAUGGAGUUUUCAAAGACAGUCUUGAAGAAGCGGCUCAUUCUGACAUCCCUGAUAAAAAAGAUGCUUCAGAAAACAAAAGGCAUAGAAAACCAAGCAAGAGACUGAUUGAAUGCAGUGAAGAAUAUGAGCAAAUAUUUUCCACAAAGAAGAAAUCAAAGAAAACUCCCGAGUCCUUUAAAACGGGAUCUUGGAUCGCCAACACUGUUGACCAGCCAGCACCUGAGCAGAUCACACCUGAUGCUUUAAGCUCUUCACCUGAAAAACCCUCUGAGCAGGCCACACCAGAGGAGCAGAAAGAACCAGCAGAUAAUCUUGUAUCACCUUCAACACUGUUAUCGCCAUCCUGUGAAGGCCCAUCACUAAACAGAGAGUCAUGUAAGAAGAAAUCUGCACCCUCAGAUAGAAAGAGACCACGUAAGACUGUGCAUAAAAUUCUAGACUGCACCGUUGAGGGGGAUUCUGUAAAGAUCCCAAAAAAAGAGGAGAGUAAACAAGAUAUCAGCCCAGAUGAAUCCGAUGUCAAAGAUAUUCAGAAACAGGAAGAGCCUGGACCUACACCAUCAAGCCCGUGUGCUGCAUCAGCAGCAGCUCAAAGUGAGGAUGAAAUAAGAACAUCAUCCCCAAUCCAGCAGGACACAGCCAGUGUCUGCCAGAUCCAGCUUGAAGGAGAGCAGAGCAGCCCGUCAAAGCCUCAGGCAAAGGAGUCACACACAAAUGACGAGGACUCCCUGACCUCUGAGGUUUUUGGUGCAGGACUCAAUGACAGUGCUUUUUCAAGCAGAGAUUCUUUAUCAGGUGAUUUAACAGGAUUCUCGACCAAUAGAAAAUCAGGGGAGAAAGGUGGAGGUGCGUCAUUGAAGGAGAAUGUUUGCCAG